AUGUUCGCCUCCCGCCGAGCAUUCUUCGCCGCCCAAAGACAGGCCCCUCUCAUCUCCAACCGCUCAAUCGUCCCCGCUCUACGAUCCUACUCCAUCGACGCAGAUGUCAUCCAGCAAAACCCUUCCGAGGACAUCACAGAAGGGAACCAGGAAGAUGCCGCUGCAAAGCCAAAGUACGCACGCGCCACCGCUGCCAAACCAUCGACUGCCACAAAGCCAGCUCCCGUGAGAGCUUCCACCGCCGCAAAGCCAGCUACCCCCACUGCUACCAGGGCAGCAACGACGUCGAGCUUUCCUCCCAAAUCCGGUAGCAAGCUUGCGAACCCCCACACGCCUGUUUCCGUGUCCAAGAGCACAUUGAGCGAGUCCAGCGAGACGGAUGUCGAGAGCACGCACGAUAUUAAUUGGGAGACAAGCUGGUUUGGUCUCGGUGUCAAGCCUGUCACUCUUGAGCAGAACGAGGUUCUCUCUAGACCUAUUGAUGUGGAGGAUGUCGAGGUUAAGCCUGAUGGAAUCGUCUAUCUGCCUGAAGUCAAGUACCGAAGACGCUUGAAUGAGGCUUUUGGACCUAUGGGAUGGGGUAUGGUUCAUCGCGGGGAUGUCGUCGUGGGACAGAACAUUGUCACGCGAGAGUACGCCCUCAUUGUCAACGGCCGUAUCGUCUCUCAAUCUCAAGGUGUAAACAACUUUUUCAGCCCCGAGGGUGUCCCCGCCGCUAUCGAGGGUGCCAAGUCCAACGCCCUGAUGCGUUGCUGCAAGGAUCUCGGUAUCGCCUCCGAACUCUGGGAUCCUGUCUUCAUCCGCUGGUUUAGGAAAAACUACAUGGAGGAGCGCUGGGUCGAGCACGCGGCUACCAAGAAGAAGAGGACAUUCUGGUACAAGAAGGGUCUUGCUGAGGCAGUGUACCCUUACAAGCUUGUCUAA